AAUGGCGGCGGCGCUGGCUUUAUGAAUAAAGCACGAACAGCGGGGCCAGUGGCUAGCGAAAACAAAACCGAUGGAACGAAAAAUUUUCAGAGCCGAUCGGCCAGUCAGUCUUUAACCAUCGAGGCGCGCGCAGCUCACGGGACUCAUCGGCCACCUCUGGUCUCUGGCUCUUGGACGGCCGUCCCGCGGUACAAAGUACAGAAGUCACAGAAGUCGCAUAGACACUGACCAUCGUUUUUCACGUUGGACAUUUCGCUCGGCUCUUCGCGAUCUGCGAAACCCUCGAUCGAGAUGGAGAUUUGGAACAGUAUCUACAAGGGCUACCUUGACACCGAAAAGGAUCCAAGAACGACAGAAUGGUAUUACGCCAAGUAUCCGCAGAUAAUGUACCUGACCUUCGCCGGGUACCUGUACUUUGUACUGCGAUGCGGACCGAGGUACAUGGAGAACCGACCGGCCUACAGUCUCAAAACCUUCAUAAAGUACUACAACAUAUUCCAAAUAAUCUACAACUCGUGGAUCGUCUACGCGUGUAUAAAGAAUGGCAUGUUCACCGACAUAGGCCUGGGCUGCGUGUUCGUGGAUAGGUCGCCAACGGGAAAACCCAUGGAGCUGGUUCACGUUUACUACUGGACGAGCAUGCUGAAGGUAAUUGAUCUCAUCGAAACCGUCGUGUUCGUCUUGAGGAAAAAACAGCGACAAAUUUCGUUCCUCCAUCUGUACCAUCACAUCUCGACGAUUUACAUCUCCCAAAUGUCUAUCAAGUACUACCCCGGCGGUAUGGCCACCUUCCCGAUCGUCGUCAAUUCGAGCAUCCACGUUAUCAUGUAUACGUAUUAUCUGCUCAGUAGUCAGGGACCCAAAGUCCAGAAGAUAAUCAACCCUUUCAAGCCAUACAUCACAAUAAUGCAGAUGGUUCAAUUUUUCGUUUUGUUGGGUCACACACUCCAAGCCUUCUUCCCGUACUGCACUGUACCCAAAUGGGGAGCCAUAGUCAUGUUUACCAAUCUUGUCAUAAACUUUGUACUGUUCUACAACUUCUACAGGCAAAAUUACAAGAAACCAGUAAAGCCCAAGAAGAGCUAGAUUUUUACAAAGAAAUUGACUCAUUUAGUAAGACUUUGUUUGGCUUACUUCCUUCGAUGCGGACCACAAAAUUGUUAGAAUUUGUACCAUCAUAGAAAUUAAUUUAUUGUUGCGCACAUUGUCUGUAUUUUUUCUGUACGGUCCAUGUAAACAAUGAUAUAGUUUUAGAUUUUUUUAAUUAUCACUGCAUAUAAUUAGAAUAUAAGCAGUUGUAACAAACAAAAGUCUAUGAAAUUCAGCGGUCGGAUCUGCACGUACAGAGUAGAACUAAUUCUUAUUGAGGUGACAAUAAAUUUAUUAGUUCAUGACAAUAAAGGUUGCACCAAGUGAUCAAAUAUUUUGUUAACAUUUUGUAAAAUAACACAAAAUCUCUGAAGAUGAUCUUUAAAAAAUUGUAUUUUAUAAAAAUAUAGAGCUAAAUAAAAAUUGUGAAAUCGAACUGAUCAAAUGCCACUGAUGAAGAUUUGAUCAAAAUUUUAUAACUACAUGAUCAAAUGAAUAAAAAAACACUGACCAUCUAAAAAUAUAAA